AUGGCACCUCAGUCUUCCGCCGCCGCUAGAUUAAGCGUUGUCCAACGUCACCUUUCCCUCCAGCCGUGCCUGAGUAAGUCACCAGCUGCCGUCACCUCGUGCUCGAUCGGCUCGAAAUACACUCCGGACUAUAAGAACUAUGCCAAAAUCGAUGGAAAGUUGGUAAGUUGGAUGCAUGACAUCCCGUUGGACCUUGAUUCGACCACCAGAGAAGCCAAUAUGGUCGUGGAAGUUCCGCGUUGGUCCAACGGGAAGUUUGAAAUCGACGUCAAGGCUCCAGGCAACCCGAUCGUUCAAGACCAAAAGAAAGGGAAGAUGCGGUUUGUCGGCAACUUGUUUCCUUACAAAGGCUACAUUCACAACUACGGCGCCUUUCCACAAACAUGGGAGGAUCCAGGAACUAAAUGCGAGAAAACCGGACUCUUAGGCGACAACGAUCCCUUGGAUGUUUGUGAGAUUGGCUCCAAGAUUCUUUCCACGGGGCUGGUGGUUAGAGUUAAAAUUUUGGGUCUGAUCGCUUUAAUAGACGAUGGUGAACUUGAUUGGAAAGUUUUGGCAAUCAACGUUGCGGAUCCUUUGGCUCAAAAAUUAAAUGAUAUCGACGACAUCCGGAAGUACUGUCCUGGUUUAUUGGACCUGACAAGAUGGUGGUUCCGCAAUUAUAAAUUACCCGAUGGCAAGCCAGAAAACACUUUCGCCUUCAACGGCGACUUCUUGGGUGCAGCCGCGACUGUUGAAGUCGUUCAAUCCUGUAGCCAUCAUUGGAAAACCUUGAUCCAACUGCAAGGGAAAGAGGGUUAUCCGACAACAAACAACUCAACUUUAAAAGGUACGCCUGGCCAUGGCGACUUCGAACAGAAACAAUUGUUGUCUUAUGAAGCUAAACCAGACGCCCCAAUUCCCCCUGAAGUGGAUGAGGUGUUUUACCGAGUUUAG